AUGAGAGAGAGCAUUGAGCAGGAAGGAUACCACAGAGAGACACAGAGUUCCCUACAGGGGGAGAGUACUGGCGUACAGUGCUGGGGUCGCCUAAAACCUGUCCUGGGGUACAUGGAGGAACUGUGAAGGAGGAUAAGGAGCAAUUCCAGGGGUCUGUGUCCAGAGAUAUAGCCCGUAGUUUACUACUUCUUCUGGAUACACUGGAUUACAUAGGACAGCCGAUAUGCCACGCUUUUGGAAUACUGGAAUUUGCUUGAUGGCGCUUCUCGUACACGAAAGUGUAAUAUAGAGCUACCAAAAAUCAUAUACCUUACAAAGGGCAACUAAUAAUACCAACCCUACUGAGGGCACCCGUGUAAAUGAACUACUGUAAGAACUCUACUGAGGCCAACUGAAUCCAAGGGAGCCUAUAGAGGACAAGAAACUUACAGACAUCCAUGGAACCUACAGAGGGCACCUCCCGGGUUGGCGGAGCAGGGCAAGGUGCCACCAGUCAAGUGUUAAACUGCACCAUUGAAACUCUACCUCCAAAUACAACAAACUGUUCCAAUCGAAUCUGCCCAGAAGGUCAGGCGUAUAAUGCUUCAUUUCCCUGUAUCCCUGGGUAUAAAGAAGACAUUCUAGGAGAGUGUGUAGAUAUACAUGAGUGUGUCACUGGCGACCAUAACUGUGGUGCUAACAGUAUAUGUAAAAACAUGAGGGGAAGUUAUAACUGUACGUGUAAUGAAGGCUACCGGAAAGGAAAUCAAACCGCAUUCUGCCCUUACAAAGAUGAAAAGGAGAAUGAGUGUACAGAUAUAGAUGAAUGCAGUAAUAACCCAGGUAUCUGUGAUUUUAACAAGAUCUGCCAAAACACACGGGGAUCAUAUCAGUGUAUUUGUAAGGAAGGAUUCGCAACUAUAUCUAACUCCUGUGUAGAAAUUCGGAAGUGUAAGGCUGUUUUUUGUGGUUUAAAGGGUAUAUGUGUUUCAAAAUCCAACGCCAUAUCAUGUUCGUGUCAAGAAGGAUACAGAGCAAUUUCCCUGGGAUUACAGCACCCACAAUGCAAUGUGAACUGCAAAUACAAAUCAAAAGAAUGGAACUGUGCGAAUGAAUCGUUCGAGUGUCACCUGAACUAUUUUACGGAUCAAUUUACACCUUUUUGUGAGAAUGUCACAAGGCAGAAUAAUCUUUCAUUUGCAGAGCUUUUGAAGGGCCUGGAUCGUCUGAUCGAUGAAUUCCGCUAUGAUGAUAAGACUGUUAGAUUACAGAAAGCUGGGCGCCUUCUGGAAAUGGUGGAAUCAAGGGUAAAGAGCCUGGCUUUACUGGAACAGAAAGAGGUGUCACAUGUGAACAUGAACGAAACGAUCAGAAUUCUAGUUUCAAGUGGUCCUUCAGAUAGUGGCCUACUCUCCAUUCAAAGCAAAAAAAGCUACAUAAAACUGGAUUCUAAAACUGCUGCAGGGGAAACAGGUGUAGCAUUACUAGGAUGCCUAGAGUAUACUAAUAUCAGUCACAUUCUGGAAGGUGCCGAUCUUUUGGGAGAAAAAUCAAAACGUAAACGUUUUAAAAUGGUCUCCCCUGUGGUCAGUGUCUUCCUUGGCAUCAGUAACACUUCGAGUCUUAGACAUCCAGUGUCAAUGAGAUUGAACUUCACAGAUGAGGUAAAGUCCCCAAACAUAAGUUGUGUCUCCUGGUCAGUAUCAGACAGUAGUUGGACUAGUAAAGGCUGCGUGAUGGUGGAAAGGGAUAAUGAUGGAAUAAUCUGUAACUGCACUCACUUGACCAGUUUUGCCAUCCUAAUGCUCUUGGAUGACUAUGAGAGCUGGGCUUUGACACUUGUAACACAAAUUGGGCUCUCGAUCUCGAUCUUCUGUCUUGUACUAGCCAUCGUCACGUUUUGCUUUUGCCGCUCUAUCCGUGGAACACGUAACACAAUUCACAUGCAUCUGUGUAUCAGUCUCUUCUUUGGUAACUGCAUAUUUCUACUUGGGAUCGAAGCAACUCACAAUAAGGUUGCGUGUGGGAUAGUUGCAGGACUUCUUCAUGCUUUCUACCUCGCCUCCUUUUGCUGGAUGUCCCUGGAAGGACUGGAGCUUUACCGCAUGCUGGUGACAGUAUUCAAAACCCACCUGAAGAAAAGAUACCUCCUGGCAGUGGGGUAUGGUACGCCAGCUGUCAUCAUCACAAUAAGUGCUGCGAUCUAUCAUGACGGAUACGGCACGAAAAAAUACUGCUGGUUGUCUCGUGAAAAAGGUUUUAUCUGGGCCUUUAUGGGACCUGUGUGUGUGAUUAUCCUGGUGAACUGUGGGAUUUUUGUCCUCACUGUGUGGAAACUAGCUGAGAAAAUGUCCUCUAUCAACCCAGAGCAAGGACAAUUAAAAAGGAUCAGGACCCUGACCAUGACGUCUUUGGCACAACUGUGUAUCCUGGGGAGCUGCUGGGCAUUCGGGUUCUUUAUGUUCAACACGGCUACACCCUUUUUCAUAUACGCAUUCACCAUCCUCAAUACGCUGCAAGGAUUACAGAUCUUCUGCCUGCACUGCCUGAUGCACAAAAAGGUUCGGGAAGAGUAUAAGAUGUGGCUCUGCGCGCUCGCUCAUUUCAAGACUCCAGUCUACUCCGAAUUCAGCAACACCAGCAAUUCACAAACACAUACCAAGGGAAAAACAAGCAAGGAUUCGGGCUUAUGAUGAACGGUGCUUGGCUACUCCAGGACUCCGUACCAUAAAGGUCGUCCUAAAGAUGCUCCCAUUGUGUGUUCCCACCAUUCGGCUUUCAAUACAUGAAAUAUCAAUCCCCGGAGAACACCUGUAUUAAAAAAUCCCACAAUAUCACUAGGACUUCACAAACACAAGCUCCAAACCAUAAAAAAAGUUUUUAAUUAUCCCUUCUUUACACAAAAGCCACGAAUAAAAAAUAAACCCUA